AUGAUCGUGCCCACCAUACAACUAGCAUUUGACGUCUUCCACGUUCGCAACUCGCACAACCACGAAUUCAUGCAGUGGAUGACGAAGCCCGCGACGUCGGCUUACCAUGCCGGAGCAGCUGGACUACAGCUGCUCUUUGACAUGCAAGUCUCGCCAGGCUGUGGGCAAACCCGACAAUGUCUUUCUCACAAAGUAAAGGCAUUGGAGUAUCUGCGACAGACAGUAUCGACGUCACCGAGCAGCGUGUCUGACGACGAGCUGUUGGUCAUUCUGUCUCUAGCGUCGGUCGAGCGUACGGUUGAUAUGAGAGCACACCACUAUCAUCUCGAGGUUCUAGCCAAAAUUGUGGCUGCACAGGGCGGGCUAGAGCGGGUUGCCGACCAUCCUAAAUGCACAAUCUCACAAUUCGAUGCCUGGUGGAGCCUGUCUACAGGGUCGCGCUUCUUUUCCACUCCUCAGUAUCUCCCUCAGCCAGCGGCAAGCGCCGAGGUGAUGUCGACCAGGUACCGAGACGAGAUCAAGGACCUUCCCAGCGGGUUUCAAGCCGUCAUCCUCAACGGCGCAUUCUCGUCGAGCAUCAUCGAGAUUCUCAUUCGACUGACGUUCGUGUACCGCAAGGCAUGCCUCGAGCGGGACGCACGGGGUAACCUCGUGGGCCUGCCAUACACGGCUCGCCCGGUGUGGCGGACGUUCCAGGAAGCGUGCCCGGCGCUCGACGCACCAGGUCCAGACACGGAGAAACUCCUGGCCUUGGCUGUCGUGCUCUACUGCGGCAUCGGCUUCGACUCGGCACCUAUUUCCAGCAAUGGCGGGUUGGCAGCGAGAGCUGAGCUUUUCAAAUUGCUUAAACAGGAUACGCCGCCGUCAGCUUCUACACAGGAGGAGCAUCAUUUUCACUUCUGGAUCUGGGUCGUGACCAUUUGUGCUUGGCAAACUCCGUCAGGGAGUGGUCUUCUCCCGCCAGGAAUUGAACUUCUCCGAGUCCUGCGAGAAAGGUUCCCAAGUCUAACCGAGCCCAGGGCUGCGGAACAUGCCUUGGGGAUGUUUUUCUGGAAGAAACGGCUCACUGGCCUGUUGGCACAGGAGGAUUUCUGUGCCCCGCGCCAGUCAGCCUAG